AAAUGAAAGACAGAAUGUUGUGGAGAGAAAGAAAAUAGAAACAGAAUAUAGUGAGAGAGAAGAACAAUAUAAAACAGAAAUAAAAGAGAUGAGAAGAGAGCGAGAGGACCGUGAGAGACAGACACAAGAAGAGAAUGAAAAAAUCAGAGACUGAAAAUAAGAGACUGAAACAAGAGCGAGAGGAGAUGAAGAGAGAGAACGAGAAGAUCAAAGAAGAGAAAGAGAGAAUAGAAAGAGAAAAAGAGCUGAAAUAUACCAGAGAAAUAGAGAGAUUAAAAAAACACACUGAAGAAGAAAAACAGAAUGAAGAGAGAGAGAAGACGAGAAAAGAAGAAGAAUACAAGAGAGACAUGAAAGAUGUGAGAGAGAUGAGAGACGAGAUGAGAAGAGAACGAGACUCAUUUAAGAGUGAAAUGGAUGAACUGAAGAAAGAAAACAAAGAUCUCCUGAUCAAAUAUAACAAACAAACAGACAAACUGAUGAACACAAUAGAGAAUCAUGAGAGAGAGAGAAAGAAGAGAGAAGAAGAGAUUAUACAGAGAGAAGAGAGAUAUAAAAGAGAAAUAGAAGAGAAAGAGAGAAAGAUGCUUGAGGACAUGAAAAGAGAACGAGAGGAAUGGAAGAAACAGAGAGAAGAGGAGAAAGUGAGAAGAGAAGAAGAUGAGAAAGAGAAGCAGAUACAUGUGGAACAGUGUGAGAGACUCAAGAGAGAAAUGGAUGAAAUGAUGAGAGAGAAAGAGAGAAUAGAAAGAGAGAAACAACAUCAACUAGAAGAGUUUGAGAAGAGAGUUCAGGAGGAGAAAAACAUGAGAGAAGAACAAGAAAAGAACUUUGAAGAACAACUGAAACACGUGAAAGAAGAGAGUGAAGAUCAACUCAAGAGAAGAAGAACAGAGAUAAGAGAGGAAUAUGAAGAGAUCUGUCCUCAGUUACAUGAUGCAGUACAGAGACAACAGACUGAUGUCAGAUCAGGUCGACAACAUCUGUUUGAAAGACUUAGUCUUGAAAGUGACGGACACCAGAAUACACUGAGAGCCUCAGAUGUUCUUCAGAUAACUUCACAUUCAUUACAGUCUCAUGAGUCUUGUGCUGAAGAAGAGCUGGUGAAGAAUUAUCUACAGAAACUACUGAUGAUGAACUACAGAGCAAGAGACAUUAAAACUAAACACAUCAAUGAACAUCAUCACACACAACAAACAGACAAUGGCUAUGAGGGGGAUAUUUUUGAUGAAAUGCCUUCAUCUAAUGCAGGAACAAGUAAAUCAGACUCUAUUCAUCCGAUGGAUGUUCAGAUUGCUGUGUUUCAUUGUGCUGAUAGUCACUUAAAGCAGAUGAUGGUCACUAAACUCUCUCAGUGUCAGUUUGCUCUUCCUCUGCUUGUUCCUCAUCCAUUCACACAACACAUUGAGUUUCCUCUCUGGACAUUCAGACAAAUCAGCUGGAAGCUGAAGAUCAGAAAAACUGACAAUGACAUCAUCAGUAGAGUCCAGUCAGUAUGUAAAGCAGAAACUCCAAUGGUGUCGUUCUUCAGGUUUGGUUCUGUGUCUUCAUCUAAAUCUCAGCUGAUGAACAGUCUGAUCAAUGAGAAACACAACACGUUCUUCACCAGAAACUGUCCAGGCAGCAGCAGAACCAGACUACUGAUGGAUGGAGUGGUGGAGAUCGCCUGGUACUGUCCAUCUGAAAAACACACAGAUACAUUUACUGACUGUGUUGCCUUCUGUAAUCUUCAUGGUGAUGCAGGAGACAAUGAGACACAGAUGAAGAUUCUCACUGAAAUGUCUUCAGUCAAUGUUGUUCUUCUGACAAAACUUGACAAGAAUGAUAAAAAUGCAUCAAAGAUUCAAGAGCUGUACAAAGACAAAAAGCCACUUAUUUGUCUUUUUACUGAUGAUGAAUCUGAUGUCAUUGAGACAGAUAUGGAAAAAUACAAAAUUGGUCUGAAAGACAGAAAUCAGUCAGAUGUGUCUGAAGAUCUCAGAAGAGCUAUAAAUGAUUGUCUAUCAUCUUCAGCAUCAGAGUUCAUGUUCAGACUUGAAGACAUUUCCAAACACUCAGAUAUCAGAGUAGAUGAAGAAGAUGAUGAAGACUGCAGGAGAGGAAGAGAAGCAGCACAAGAGAUGAUGAGUUUACUGAAGAAUAAACCUCUGAAAGAAAUCAAAGAAUCAUUUCUGCCCUGUCAGGGGAAACUGUGGCAUCAGUGGUGUCAGAAGAACAAAGAACUUCAUCGACCUCAAUGGGAAGAACUAGAAAAUGAUAUAAGCAUAAAAUUAACAGAAAUGAUGAACAUUCGUCAAAAGCAACACAAAUCAAACAUCAGUGAGUUUCUGAAGUUAUUUAUUAACCAAAUGGAAACAGAAAAUGAUAACAGGAUGUUUUUCCUGAGAUGGCUCAGAAUCCUCCUGAAUGAAUUCACCUCAUAUGUUCUUUCUGCUCUACAUCACAAGUAUAAUGAAAAGUGGUCAACAGUCAUACAACUGAAAGAAAAUAAUGAUAAAUCUGCACAACUCAAGAACGAACAAAUAGAACGACCCAAGACAGAACAAACCAAACAACUCAAGACUGAACAAACAGACCUUGAGAGAAUAUCUGCAGAUCUUCAAGCAGCAUCCUUUGGUCUGGAGCACAUCAUGAGAGAGAUCGGUCAGAUCUAUGAAUCAUGUUCAUCUGUGAAGAAGAACAAAACAGAUCUUCAGUUUGACUUCUCUUCUCUCCCGAGUUUUGCAGCAGAGAUGAUGAUCUCUGGAUUUCCACUGGAGCUGAUGGAUGGAGAUGCUGCUCAUGUUCCUGUCAUGUGGGUUACUGCUGUUCUAGAUAAACUCAUCCAGAAACUGGGAGAUCAGAGAGUGUUUGUUCUGUCAAUUUUAGGGAUUCAGAGCUCUGGGAAAUCCACCAUGUUGAAUGCCAUGUUUGGACUUGAGUUUGCAGUCAGUGCUGGCCGCACCACCAGAGGAGCGUUCAUGCAACUGAUCAGAGUCUCAGAGGAGAUGAAACAUCAGAUGAAGUUUGAUUAUAUUCUGGUUGUUGAUACUGAAGGUCUUCGUGCUCUAGAACUGUCUGGAAAAUCCACAAGACAUCAUGACAAUGAACUGGCCACAUUUGUUGUUGGUCUUGGACAUCUGACAUUGAUCAACAUCUUUGGAGAAAACCCGUCUGAGAUGCAGGAGAUUCUCCAGAUUGUUGUUCAGGCCUUUCUGCGGAUGAAGAAGGUCAAACUGAACCCCAGCUGUAUGUUUGUACAUCAGAAUGUUUCAGACGUCACAGCUGGAGAGAAAAACAUGGAGGGAAGGAGACGACUGCUGGAGACACUGGAUGAGAUGACAAAACUCGCUGCUAAAGAUGAAGUCUGUGAUGCUGAAUGUUUCAGUGAUGUCAUUAAUUUUGAUGUUUGUCAUGAUGUGAAGUAUUUUGCUCAGCUGUGGGAGGGAAGCCCACCAAUGGCACCACCAAACCCAAAUUAUUGUGACAACAUUCAAGGACUAAAGAAAACUAUUAUCUCACAAGCCUCUAAAUCAGCUGGAAUUAUACUGACAAACCUACGAAAGCGAAUUCAUGAUCUCUGGGAGGCUUUACUGAAUGAACGAUUUGUGUUCAGCUUCAGAAAUUCUCUGGAGAUUUCAGCAUACAGGAGACUGAAGACAGAAUACAGCAAAUGGACGUGGACUCUUCGCAGUGCCAUGAUAAAAAUUGAAAACAAACUAUACAAUCAAAUUGAAAAUGAAGAAAUUCACGUGAUUGAGGAAAGAGAUCUUCAGAGAGAACUGAAGCAAAAAAGUGAUGAAGUGAAUAAAUCAAUGUCAGAAUUCUUUGAGAAAGACACAGAUGCAGAUAAAGAUAUCAUGAUUCAGUGGAAAACUUCAUUUGAAAUAAAAAUCAAAGAGCUUCAGGAGAACGCUUUAAGAAAAACAAGGAGGAAAUUAAAUGAGAUUCUUCAGCAGCGAGACUUGAAGAGAGAGAUUGAUGCUCAGAGGACACAUCAUGAAAACACUCUCUUGGAAAAGAGCAAAGAACUUGCUUUAAGACACAAAGACAAAAGACAUGAUGAAGAAACUCUGAAGAGAGAGUUUGAUGUGUUCUGGGAAGAGUGUGUGAAGAAGAUCACCAGAGAUUCUCCUCCAAUCAAAGACAUUGACAUACUGAGAGAUGUGAGAGAACUCCUCAGUGACAUCCAUGAAAGUGUUCAUGUAGAUCAAUGGAAGAACAUCAUAGAUAUUUUCACUGUUCAGAGUUAUUCAGAUUAUAUUCAGUUCAAGAGAUUCAGUGGAAAUCCAGCAGUUUUCAGAAAUGUCUUCAGAGCAGCUCAAGAAAAGUAUGGUUUAAUUUUGCUUAAAGAGGAUGAAGACCAAAUAAAAAUCUUGAUCUCAGAUGUUUGUCAGCAGACAGACGAGAUUAUUCAGUCAUUUAAUAUCUCAAAGCUGGGCUAUAAUAUCAGCUGCUUUCAAGAACUCACAGAUUACAUAAAAGCAAGAAUAGUACAAUAUGAGGAAAGACAAGUGAAAUAUGCGUUCAAGAGAGAAUUCUUCAUAGAUUUAGUAUUUUCUAUAUUUAAGAGAGAAAACCAGACAUUCACUGAACAACACAAAAAGUUCAGAGAUGCCAAUAAUCCUGAUCUCUAUCUGGAGAAGAAGAAGAGAGAAUACUAUAGUGUUUUCCAGAAAUACUGUGAAGGAGCAACAUCAGCUGCUAUUUUUGGUGAGAUCAUCUGUCAGAAACUGAAAGAACCCAUUGAACAGAGUGUCUACAGACAGACCGCCAGAGAUUUAGCAGAUGAGAUGAGAUCAAACUGUCCAUCACUGAAUGGAAACAGAUCAAAUCUGGAGCAACACAUCCUGAAGAGACUGGCAGAAGAGGAGAACUUUGACAAAUACAUCAAUUACAUUAAAAACCCCAGAGAUCACUUCAAGAGUUUCAUCAGAGAUGAAGUGAGUCAGUACAUCAGAGAUCAGUUCAGUGUUCAGCUCAGGAUGAAUCAGAACAUUGAACUCCUGCAGAAGAAGAUCAUGACAGCAGCACAUGAAUCUACUCAACAUGUUCAAGAGAACAGAGGAAAUGUUGAUGUGUGGUUGAAGUUUUUCACACUGAAGCUCUCAGAUGUUCUGAUGUUCUCUGUGAAGGACUUCAGUGGAGUCAAACAUGAUGAUAUUGAUGAUUUCAAUCUUCUAGAAGAUGUGAUAAGAAAAUACCUUCCUCCUGUAAUAUCUGACAUCAGUAGAGAGUUCAGCACAGAUUCAUUUAAUAAGAAACUGGAUCUGAACUACAGAACAGAUGAGAUUGUGAUUGAUCACUUGUGUCAGUGCUGUUGGGUUCAGUGUCCGUUCUGUAAUGCUACCUGCACAAACACAAUAGAAAACCAUGAUGGAGAUCACAGUGUUACUUUACACAGAGUGUUUGGAAUUAAUGGCACACAUUACAGUGGAUCUACAAAUCUGUGUAUCAGUGUCUGUACAUCACAAGUAGUAACCAAUUUUUGGUUUUGUCCACAUGACUCAACUGAUCAGAGAUUCAUGUGGAGAGAAUACAGAAGAGCAGGAGGUGUGUAUGCUAACUGGAGCAUCACUCCUGACUUCUCUGAACUGCCCUACUGGAAGUGGUUUGUGUGCAGAUUCCAGAAAGAUCUGGAGAGAUACUACAAUAAAACAUUCCAGGGUGAAGGUGAGAUUCCAGAUAAAUGGAGAGAAAUCACAAAACAGAAAGUUAUUAAGAGUUUAGAUAAAUACAUGUUAUGAAGCUCCUGUGAUGGACAGGUUAUCUAGUGUGAACACAGACAGACUUCUCCUGCUGUAGAUGAAUCUGAAACACACACACGUUUUAAUAUCUGGACCUGUGACUGAUCUGUAGUGUGAACUGUGUGUGUUUGUGAAAGAUUUCGUCACGCAGAUGAUGAUGAUGAUGAUGUCAUGUAAACCCAUGCUGACUUAAUAAAUGGCUUUUGUGUAGUUGUCCACUGACCUUCAGAUCAUUAUAUCUAGACACCUCUUAAGAUGUUUACUCAAGUGAAAAUGUGUCAAUAAGUUGAUUUGUUUACUUUUU